AUCUUGAUGGUACCUUAGACAACAAGUUCUCCGAAAUUGCUUCAAAAACUUUAGUUACGCGCUCAGUAAAGUGAUGAGCAAGCAGAAGCUCCUAUUUAUGAUGAGUCUGAAAUUGCGAGAUUGUGAGAGAGAGGCAUAGCAUGGAAUCGGAACAGUGUUACGAUGUUUAUCUGAAUUUGAGUGCGAAAAUCCACUUCGGCUUCGGCGGAAAUCUGUGGAACGCGCUGCGGAAGAAGGGGUUCAAGACUAUGAUGAGCAACGAGGGAAUGCAGAGUGGUUCCCAAGAUUCACCCUUUCUUCUGAGAGCAAUCGAGCAAUCUAGAAUCUCAAUCGUUGUUUUCUCCAAAGACUACCCAUGGUACACUUGGUGUCUGAAGGAUCUUGUCAAGAUUGUCGAGUGUAUGGAGACCAAGAACCAAUUGGUUUUCCCAAUCUUCUACAAAGUCAGGCGCUACAACGUCAGGGAACAGAAGAAAUCCUACUGCGAUGCCUUCGCCAGACACGACAAGAAGUUCGGGAAGGACUCCGACAAAGUCCGCAAAUGGAGGUCUGCUUUGUCGCAAGUCGCCAAAUUGCAUGGACUCAUCGCUCUAUCUGGGUAUGAAUAUGAGCAUGUUGAAAAGGUUGUGGAAAUGGUGACUCGAUCCUUGUCUCGGUACGAUAUCUUUAUCAAUUUUAGGGGAUUAGAUACACGUUACUCCUUCACGGGUUUUCUGUAUCAAGCACUGUCCCGAGAGAGAUUCAAAACCUUCCUAGAUGAAGAAGAGUUGGAAGACGGGGACAAAAUUCCAUCGUCUCUUAAAAAAGCCAUCAAAUCGUCAAGGCUAUCCAUUGUUGUUCUUUCUGAAAACUACGCAGAUUCCUCAUCGUGUCUUGCUGAACUUGACACCAUCAUGGAGUGUAUGAAGACCAAGAAUCAGUUAGUUUGGCCAAUAUUUUACAAAGUGGAACCCACCACCGUAAGGAAUCAAAAGAGCACUUAUCACGAAGCCAUGGCUGCACAUGAACAAAGAUAUGGAAGUGACUCUACUAAGGUGUCGAAAUGGAGACAGAAUUUGUCUGAAGUUGCUGACUUGAAAGGAUUCUCCCUUCAACCUAAUCAGUAUGAAUUUAAACUGGUGGAGGAGAUUGUGAAAAAAGCCAUUGAGAAUGAUAAUGGAAGAUACUCCCAUGUAACAAGUCUUGACUUGAGUGAAGGCAUGAACAAUGGUGAUGAAAAUGAGUUGGCUAGUUCGAGUCCAACGGUAGAUGAUAGAGAUUGCAUCUCUAUAUGCAGUACUAGCUUGAAUGAACACACCAGUAACAAUGAUGAUGAAGAUUGUUUCUCUGAAUCAAGUGUGGGCUAGUAGGAAAACUUCUUACUUCUUUUUACAGGGCCAAAGUUACAAAAGGUGUAGUAAGUAAUGUGAUAUAUAGAUAUACUGUAUACUGAUAACAUU